AAACCGACCCGAUCCCAUCACAUCAUCACAUAUCAUAUACGAGUGCGAACAUUUUUGCCUGGGUGUCGACAGACGAAAGACAUUUUUCCCCAUAGUGUAAACAGACGGGCCAGAAAGCUUUUCCACCACUAAACGGCUUUAAUUGAUAAGAAGCGAUACGAGUCAACAAUUUUUCGGUGCGUUCCAUUGCCUUGACGUUCACCGACGAGUCAUUUGUCCAUUCACACCCCGAAAAUCAAUAUGGAACCCGUUUAUCCAGCCGCUCCACUGGAGGCCUCGAAGGGUACAGGAGAAGCCCUCGUCGAGCACCAGCAGCUGCUGACACCGUCACCUCCGAGCUACGAUCAGGCCACAUCCUCUCCGGCACUCACCACAGGACCCGCAGCGACGCCAGCCCCAACUGCAGCUCCGGCCCAGCAUACAGUGGUGGUGGUUCCUGGAUCAAUUUACGGCCCAGAGCCCAUGGACAUCCAGUGUCCCUACUGUCACAAUUACGCGCGCACCCGCGUCUCCUAUCGGCCCAACUCGCGCACCCAUCUGAUUGCCCUGAUUUUAUGCCUCUUCCAGCUUUACUGCUGUGUGUGCCUGCCGUACUGCAUUGGCAGUUGCAUGAACACCAACCACUACUGUGGCAUGUGCGACCACUAUCUUGGCAGCUACCAGCGCAAAUGAGGCGGAUGUGGGGAGGCCGGGUACUAUGAUCUGGAGAUGAGCUUUUGAUGGCCUUCUGUAUCUGUUUCGUCGCUCUUUUCAUGCUUCACAUUUAUAAAAUACUUAGAUAAUAAACUGUUGAUGGUCGUCAACCAGUGUUUACUGUA